GCAAAAGCUAACCUGCCUGCUGAGUUUGCAUGCACUGUGAGCGGCCGCUCACGCCAUGGCAUGGUGCAAGCCGGCCCUGGGUUUGAGUGUGCUACUGCCACCAGCUUGGGCCUACUACCAGACAACUGCCCAGAAUUGCCGGCGGAUAGACCACAUCUAUGCAUCUGGUCAGGAGCUAUGUGAGAAGAUGUGGGGCACGGCCUUCCGGUACGAGCCGAAUGAGACUCACGGCUACACCAUGUGGUUCUUCGAUUCUGAGAACCCCAACGACCUGACCUCGGCAGAGUUGGGACGGAGCAAGGCUGAGUUCUGUCACCUUCAUCAGCACAAGGAUGAACCCGGGCCAGAGCCUACGAUGGUGUCAGAAUGUCACCCAUGGAGAUUCAACUCCUGCUGUCGCCGGGAGAUGGUAUCAUCACUGGAUGCUUUGAAGGCAAGCUUUGGAAAUCUAUUCCAUUGGGAUCGGUGCGGCCCACUGUCGCAAGAGUGCGAGCGCUUCUUCGUUCAAGAGGCGUGUUUUUAUGAAUGUGAUCCCAAUGUGGCUUUCUAUCGUAAAUACAACUCCAGCUUUUAUGAUCCUCGCUGUGAUGCCCAAAGUGGCCACUACAAUGCAAUGUACGCUGCCAGUAAACUAUGUAGUCAUAACACCUGGGAGCUGCAUCAAAUGCCGAUCAAGGCCUCAUAUUGCGAUGCCUGGUUUGCCGCGUGCCAGGCUGAUCAUUUCUGCACAGGAUUCGAUGGAGACUUCUUUUCUUGUGCAGGACUAUCAAAGAACGUCGACAAAGAGGCCCAAAUCAUGAACCAGACCUGGGGGGCAGUUUCUCGAGGCAUUGCAGCUGCAGACAACUAUGCUCGAGAGACCAUGUAUCGGAUGCUGCACAUGGCCGUGGUGAUCACCAGCACGGUGGCAGUCUUGGCUUGUGGGAUUGGAGGUUUCUUGAUACAUCGAGAAUGCCAAGGAAAACCCGUCUUUAAGCCGCCACCUUUUCGGGCUGCACCGAGCCUGAUGGGUGCUCAACAGUAUUUGGAGCUCUCAGAAGUCUCCUGACUCUUGACCAGGAGCUCUUUGGACUUGUUGAGAGCUUCCAAACUUGAGCAAAAGGAUCCGUUGAACCAUCCCAAACACAAGGCAAGCAACACCAAAUGCAAAAAAACACGAUUAUUCGCACACUGUGAACCUCGAGAGCCUUGUUGAUCCUUCCGUUGAACAAGGCGGGGUGUGCAACAUGUGCAUCUCCAGAGGGGACUGUGAGGUGGAAAAGCCACUGCACAGUAGAGCUCCAAGAAGGGCCACCAUGCCUCCAGAGUGAAAAGAAUACUGUAGAUGGCCUCCAGAGUGGGUGUCACGAUC